AUGAUUCCUACUCGCGUUCUUCUGGCACGUUCGGUCUGGAAAGGUAUGUUACUGGUAGUAAUUGGUAUCUCAAGGGCUCCCGGUCAGAAAGUAACGCCAAUAAGGACUCAAGCUCGCUCGGCGACCAUUUUACCAAACUUCGUGGGCCUUGUGUUCCAGGUACACAACGGCAAGAUAUACAACGAUGUGUUGAUUACAGAGGAUAUGGUGGGACACAAGCUUGGAGAGUUCUCAGCCACGAGAAAGCGCUUUACCUAUAAGCAGAGCAAGAAUAAAUAG